GUUUAACCUCAAAAAAUAUCAAAACAGUAAAUUGUGUUUUUAUCAUGUUUAUUUUAGAUGCCAAGUGUAAUAAAUAGCACUACAGACGUAUCUCGACCAAUAGAUAGCAGCAAAAUGCAACUCGAGUGCUUAGAAUUAGCUGGUUGCGCUCUGGACCGGUACAUUAGCUCCGAUAAUUCGCGCCCUUCGUUUUUAGAGAUCACUGGUAUAGCCGCUCAACGAACUCCAACAUGCAGUGGCCUAAAUGCUGGAGACUAUCGAAACCUAGCUGCACUAUUGAACCAUCCAAACUUAUCUCAAUUGAAGAUAUUGAACAAGGUUCCAUUGCCACCGGAAAUAAUGGAACACUUUGCCCAUAUGCAAUGCCACUGUUUGAUGGGAGUAUUUCCAGAAAUCAGCCGUGUUUGGUUGGCAAUAGACAGUAAUAUUUAUGUUUGGGCUUUUGAACAUGGGUGCGAUGUUGCUUAUUUUGAUGGACUUGGUGAAACCAUAGUCAGUGUGGGCCUAGUCAAACCUAAAGCAGGGGUGUUUCAAAGUUUUGUUAAAUAUCUUUUAGUCUUAACAACUACAGUUGAAAUUGUUGUCUUGGGUGUCACCUUUUCAUCAAGUAAGACUGAUGGGUCCUCUGAACUUCAAGAGAUACUCUUAGUACCAGAGCCGGUGUUUGUUUUACCCACAGAUGGGAUAUCAAUGAUGUCUGUUAAGUCAACUGCUAAUGGACGAAUUUUCAUGGGAGGCAAAGAUGGUUGCUUAUAUGAAAUCACAUACCAGGCUCAGCUAGGAUGGUUUGGGAAACAUUGCAAAAAAGUUAACCAUUCCACAAGUGCCUUAUCUUUCUUGGUACCUUCAUUUCUAAAUGCUGCUCUAUAUGAUGAAGAUCCAAUUGUGAAAAUUGAGGUUGACAACUCCAGAAACAUUUUAUAUACUUUGAGUGAAAAGGGCUGUAUAGAGGUAUAUGAUUUAGGGGCCGAUGGUGAAGGUAUCAGUAGGGUAGACAGAUUAACCCAAGGGAAAAUAGUUUCAUCUGCUAUAGAUAUUGUCAAAACCUUAGAACCUAAUAACUUCAAACCAGUUGUGGCUAUUUCUGCAGUUGAUGAAUCAGAGUCGGAACACUUAAAUCUGGUAGCUGUCACCCAAACUGGUGCAAGAUUGUAUUUUAGUACUGGAAGUGGGGAUGCGAACCAAAGUGGUACGCAGAGGCCGCAGUAUUUGACGCUGCUACAUGUGCGACUUCCACCUGGGUUCACUCCCAACGCUUCAGUACUUAGGCCAAAACAAGUUCAUAGUGCAGUCUAUGAAAAUGGAUCACUAGUGAUGAUAUGUUCCGCGGGCGGUGGGGGCGAGGCGGAGACCCUUUGGUGUCUGUCUCGCGUGUUGCCUGGGCCUGGGUUUAGUGAGGCUCAUACUCUACUGGCGUUAGACGGGCCAGCUUGGGCUUUAACGGCACUGCCACCGCAACAAUCCGCCCAUUUGUCGCAAGCACUUCGCCCAAGGAAAGAGGUGUGGAGCGUGUCUCGAUGGGCGGUAGUGACGGGGGCAGGAGCGGCGAUACUGGCUGCGGGAGCCGCGCCGGAUAUAUUACGCACCUUGUUGCGUGAUUGCCGGGGACCCGAUGCUCAUACUAUCAAGGACUUUUUCCAGCUUCAUAGCGUAGAGCAAGCAUGCGCAUGCGCGUUGUAUUUAGCUUGCGAGGACACUUCAUCCAGCGACCUCACAAUCAGCGAAUGGGCGACUCGAGCUUUCUUCUUAUAUGGCAGUCAACCAACGAUAAAUUUUUGUGGGUCGCCAAAGUUCUCACCUCGUCAAAUGUCAACACCAAUGUCCAUGAGGGGUCUACAAGGGCAAAUGCAACCGAAAAUGAACCAAUCUUACCAGCAGGGUGGUACGAAUCAGUCGUUCCUAGGGUCACCCAACCAUUCCAUGAUGCCGCAGUCUUUUCAGCAAAAUGUAAUGAGUCCUACACCAUUCAACCAAAAUUCGUUCAAUGUUACUCAGCAACAAAGAGAUCCGAAUUACCCAGUGCAGAAAGAAUACAGCGCUAAACACAACGGGCUAUACAUCUAUGUUGGAAGAAUACUUGCUUCGAUAUGGAAUCUCAAAUGUGUAUCUAAGUCUCAGACGCCUGAUAACAAAGAAUUUAUGUGUAGCAACGUGACAGGGGAGGACUGCGCCUACAUAGUGCAGCGUCUACAACGAGUCGCGUCGUUCAUGCAGCGGAUAGUCGCGCCCAAACAUUCCGACGAGCACGCCUCGUUGCACGCGCUUAAACUAUUCAUCACAAUGGCUAUAGAAAUGCUGAGUCUUUGGAAGGUGCUGUGUGAACACCAGUUUCACGUUAUUGCGGCUAGUUUGCCACCAGAGCAACAGACUGCACUACAGGCUGCAAGCUUCAGGGAAUUACUCGUUGGUGGACAGGAGGUAGCAUGCCUGCUUCUAGGCUCAUUGGUAGCCGGAUACUUGCGUGACAAUGCUUCUGUAGAUGGAAUCUCCCAAAAACUUAGACAACUUUGCCCAACACUAUAUCGCCAGGAGGACGCGACUUGUUCAAAGGCUAAUGAACUUUUAAUGUUUGCUAAACAACAAAAGAAUCCAGCUGAGAGAGAAGAAAUGCUACAGCACGCAUUAAAGUUAUGUAAGGAUGUCGCACCAAACGUCAAUUUACCAUUAGUAUGUUCCAAGCUAGUAUCGGUUGGGUUCUAUUCUGGGGUUGUGGAACUGUGCGUGGCAUGCGCCUCCAAAAUAGAUCCCCAAGACAAAGCGCUACAUUACUAUUGCAGCGACCAACCUGCGCAAGAUCGCGACGGUCACUUAGCUUAUUACAGAAGAAUGGAAAUAUAUCGAGAAGUGUGCAACGCGUUAGAACGUCUAUACGAGCGUAGUACGGAGACUGGCAGCGAACCGUCACCUUUGCGUUCACAAUCGCCGACAUCGGCAGAAAACAUGCUCACUCUGUCACCCGCCGAUGCUAACUAUCAAGGUCGAAAAUUGGUAUGGGAAUGUUUGUCCUGCGACGACGAACUACUCCACGUAGCAGUUUAUCAGUGGCUCGUCUCUAAACAUUUGGGCUCAGAACUGCUGUCACUGGGUACGGCGCCUCCUCCGUCUCUUCGCACUUACCUUCAGGCCGCGGCUCGCAACGCGCCGCCUGCUACCGCCUUACAUUUACUAGACCUCCUGUGGAAGGUUCUGGAGAAAUGCGGCGAUCACCUUGCUGCGGCAAACGUGCUGGAAGGUCUCGCCAUCAGACCUGGUUCGGGCGCGAGUCUCGCGCAGCGCAUGUCGUGGUUAUCAGCGGGCGUAGUGUGCGUGCGCGGUGCGGGCGCGGGUGGCGCGGGCGGCGGCGAACUGUUGCGGCGGUUGGAGGAAGCGGCGGAAGUGGCCCGCGUGCAGGCGGGCGUGCGCGCCGCCGCAGCAGCGCUGCCGCGAGCGCUGCAGCCCCCACCUGCCGCGCUGCAGAGGCUGCACGACGAGCUGCUGGAGGUGACGCAGUUAUAUGAAGAGUACGCUGACCGAUACAACUUGUGGGAGUGCAAGCUGGCCAUAGUGCAGUGUUCUGGGCACAACGACCCACUGCUGGUCGAGAACAUUUGGAGUAACAUCUUGGCUGAGGCGGAAACGGCCGCAAGGAGUUUGCCCACUGCGGACGAGAGAAUGACCUCCGUGCUCAGCAAACUGACUACACUGGGCAGAGAGUAUGUGAACACGGGACACUGUUUCCCUUUGUAUUUCAUUGUGCGACAGUUGGAAAUAAUGAGCUGCAAAAUGCAAGCUGACCAAAGUUUGGUGUUCAGAACUGUGCUGAAUAUUGGCGUGGCACUAGAACAAGUCCUAGACAUUUAUAUCAAAUUGGUGAGCGUUAAUGAGCGCGUAUGGUUGGGUUGCGGUGACGAAACGCACGUUUGCGCCGUUGCCGCUCUGCUGCUGGACGCGGCUCGGAGCGAGCUGGCACCGUUGCCUGCCGCCGCGCGUCGCCGUGCCCUCGCCCGAUGCAAGGAUUUACACGAAGCGGCGUUAUCCUCCUUGCAGUCUCGACCCAACACGCAAAGUCUCAUAGAAAGACUUACAGUCGCGCAGGCGCACUUAGAUCGCAUGGAUUGAGCGAGGAUGUCCAGCGUGUCCCCUUCCUCUAGUGUGGUGACGUUGCAGGGCAGCUCGACACUUUGUCCCACCACAGAAUCCACUUAAACAUAUAGGUGAGUAGAAAAACACCUAGGUUUUAAAAGAUCGAUGUUGGUUUCUUACAACGUAAAGUAUCUAAUAACUAAGUAUAAACAGCACAGGACAAGAUUCUAAUACGGACAGAAUUUCAAUUGACAUUGAGCGUUGAUCAUCAUUAUACCUCAUCAUCAUCAUCAUCAUCAUCAUCAACCCAAGCUCGUCCACUGCUGGACAUAGGUCUCCCUUAAUGCACGCCACUGCUCCCGAUUUUCUGCCACUGUCAUCCAGCCCACCCCAGCCAGCUUACGAAUGUCAUCAUCUCAUCUUGUCUUAGGGCGUCCUACACUACGUUGUCGAGUCGUGGUCUCCACUCAAGAACUUUCCGGCUCCAACGGCCGUCAGUUCUGCGGCUAAUGUGACCAGCCCACUGCCUCUUCAGUUUAUUAAUUCGGUGGGCUAUGUCGGUGACUUGGGUUCUCUGUCGGAUUACAUCAUUUCUGAUGCGGUCCUUCAGGGAUACUCCGAGCAUAGCCCUUUUCAUAGCUGUCUGAGCGACUUAAAACUGGUGGACUCGUCCAACCGUGAGUCCACGUCUCGUCGUAUGUCAUAACUGGGAGGACGCACUGGUCGAAGACUUUCGGCUUGAGACAUUGAAGGAUGGAUGACGAGAAGACUUGACGAAACGAAAUGCUGCCCAGCCCAACUGAAUUCUUCUAUUGGCUUCUUUCUCGAAGUUGUGUCUGCCUAAUCGGAGCGUUUGUCCUAGAUAGAAAUAUUCCUGAACAACCUCGACAUGUACUCCAUUAACAGCAACCAGUCCCGGAUCAACGAGCUCGUUGAACAUGACCUUAGUUUUAUCCAAGUUCAUCCGGAGACCGAUGCGUUUGGAAGAUUCAGCCAGGCUGCUCACCAUCUCCUGUAGGUCCUGUAGGGUUUCAGCCAGGAUGACGAUGUCGUUCGCGAAUCGAAGGUGUGAAAUGUAUUCGCCAUUAUUAUUGAUUCCGCGUCUUUUCCAGUUAAGCGUUCCGAACAUGUCCUGCAGCGCAGCGGAGAAGAGUUUUAUUAUACCUAUUUCAUUAUAAAUUUUCUCGAUAGGUGUGAAUCCUAUUACCUAUAGAUAGAGAAAAUUUUACAGUUUGUGACAAUUUGAUAUGAGGCUGCCUGUACACAUUCAUUUUAUUUAUCAGGUCCCUCCAAAGAUGAACAAAAGGUAUCGAAACACUUCAAUCAUCGUUGUUUGCAAGAUCGAUGAAAUCAAGAUUUAAGGGCAUCUCAGAUUAGCAGUUCGCCGGAUGAUCAUUCUGUCAGUUAAUUUGAAGCGCAAUUAGCUUCAAAU